AUGGCAACCAUAAAUCUUCCUCCAGGUUUCAAGUUCAAUCAGGUCCAGUUCUAUAAGAAGCAAGUUCCGCCACGCACACAACAGGCGCCUUUAGGUGCGCUGGCAAAGCUUGCUGGAAGCUUUACUGGAACAGGCUUUAAUACAAUCUUCCGCCCGAACAGCGGACCACCACCACUAGGAACAACUUUCCCCAAUCCUGUCUCUCCAACCCCUCCAGCGUUCCCCAGCGACAACGUCUUGGAGUUGAAUCUGACAAAAGAGACAGUAACAUUCUCGCAACCACUUUCUGCUGUGCCGAAUCGCGGAUUUGGGUCACAGAAGGACAUUUUUCUCAAUGGCGUGCCUUAUGUACAGGCUGUCAAUGAUGUAACGAACAUGGAGACCGGAAGGGGUGAUGGCACUGCUACUGGUAUUCACUUCAAGACUGGAUUGUGGAUGAACAUCCCGGCCACAGACAAUAGCCCAGUCCUUGGAGAUUCGCUUGUAUGCAUGGCAUCCAUUCCGCAUGGCACAACUAUCAAUGCUCAAUGCCUAGCGCCUACAAACACUUUCCAAGGUCCACCACAGAUAUCACCAGUCAGCUUGAAGCCUUUCGGCGUGGGCAACAUACAGUCAAAAAUUGAGCUUAAUAGCCUAAAUAUUCAAGACUCCAAUACUCCUCGGCUCCCACAGGAUCUCUCAAAAUUUAAUUCUGCUGGCACUAUCACCCAAGAUAUCCUGGAUGAUCCGAAUACCGUUUUGCGCAACAGCAUAGAAGGACAGAAUAUUACCCAGACCAUCGUCUUUACGGUGUCCACAGAUCCUCUGCUUCCGGAGUUUGGUGGUGGGACGGCGAACAUCGCAUUCUUAUUAGGCAAUCCUGGGGCCACGGCGCCGAAUGCAAAUGUGCCCCAGAUGCAAGCUACCUUCUGGAUUGAGACUGUGGGAUACUCUCUCACGGUUCCAGUCUUCAAACCUGGACAAGAACCUAUGGAAAUCUCAGCUCCGGAGUCACUAUCGGGUCAGCCGCGGCCAGUGUUCCUCGUCAGCCCACCAUAUGAGAUUACUUCGCCCAAAACGAUCAAUGUCACUUCAACACAGAUCCAAUAUUCUCAGGUAGUAUUCAUGAACUUUGACGGUAUAACCUGGCCGCAUGUCUCAGUAUCGACGCUGAUUCCGUCAACGCCUGUGCCGGUCCCAGAUUCAGUCUGGAGUUGA